UACAACGUGAGAAAGAAAUGGCAAUGACUCUUACGUUAAAAAAAGUUUCUGUUCCUUAAAUUUUAUCCCCGUGUCUUCUCUGCCUAUUCAUCUUAGAAUAAAUAAUUGCCACCACACCUUCGCUUUCACUAUGAAUUGGAAUUUGAAAGAGUUUAUUAGUGAGGGCUGUAACAAUUUUUCAAUAGUCAACGCAGAAAUGGGUAGCAGCAGCAUACCAGAAAAUAAAAUUGAAACCACAAAAACUGACCAAUUCCAACCUCUUUCCCUUCCUCAAUUCCAAUUUCCAAAGCCAUUUCUUACUUGUCUCAGUUCUGCAUUUCUUCAAAUUACACCAUGAAACCUAUCUUAACUCUCUCUUGCAUUUUGUUUUUCUGCACUACCAUUUCGGCUCGCACUUUUUCAUAUAUCACUCCAAAUUUCUCUGCCUCAUAUCUUCAUUUCAUCGAUGACUUUGGUACGUUCCUGGUGUCUCCCAAUAACACGUUCAAGGCUGCUAUAUUCAACCCCGGUGGUCAGCAAACAAGUUUCUACCUGUGUGUCAUUCACGAUGCGUCCAAAACUAUCAUUUGGUCUGCUAACCGUGAUGCCCCCAUCUCAGAUUCUGGAAAAAUGCUUUUAACUGUCAAAGGGAUCACAAUUGUCGACUACGAUGGGAACACCAAAUGGUCAACGCCAUCACUCAAAUCACAAGCAAAUAGGCUUGUGCUGACCGAGAUGGGAAAUCUCGUCUUACAGGAUACGUCCAAUGGUUCUCUCUGGGAGAGUUUCCAAAGCCCAACCGAUACAAUUGUUAUUGGACAGCGUUUACCUGUCGGAGCGUCUUUGUCAAGUGCAGCAUCGAAUUCAAACUUGUCAACAGGAGAUUUCAAGCUCACGAUUUCUUCCUCUGAUGCAGUGCUGCAAUGGUAUGGACAGACCUACUGGAAACUUUCAACUGAUACAAAAGUUUUUAAGAAUUCAAAUAAUAUGGUGGAAUACAUGGCCGUAAACAAUUCAGGGUUUUAUCUAUUUGGAGAUGGUGGAACAGCUUUUCAACUGGGAUUGCCACUGGCUAAUUUUCGAAUUGCCACGUUGGGUUCCUCUGGGCAGUUCACUAUCAACAGCUUUUCUAGCGCUGGCUUGACGCAGGAGUUUGUGGGGCCAGAUGAUGGUUGUCAAACUCCCUUGGCUUGCGGAAGAGCAGGGUUAUGCACUAAGAGCACUGAUUCCUCUUCACCUGUUUGUUCUUGUCCCCCAAACUUCCGCGUAGGCUCAGGUACUUCUGGUGGUUGUGUGCUGAGCAAUGGAUCCCAUUCCCUGUCACUUGCUUGCGAAAAUUCUUCAGUUGUUUCGUUUUCUAAUAUAGGGUAUGUUCAAUACUUUGGCACUUUUUACUCGGAUCCGGUUAUGUAUAAAGGGGAUUUAUCUUCCUGUCAAAAAUUUUGUUCCAAUAACUGUUCCUGCUUGGGAAUUUUGUAUAAAAACACAUCUGGUUCUUGCUACACGAUUGAGAAUGAGUUGGGGUCCAUUCAGGCAAGUAAUGGAGAUAACAGAAUGUUGGGGUUUAUUAAAACUAACGUUGUUGAAUCUAAAACUGGUACUAACGAUGAUAGUGGUAAUAAGCAAAGUUCUCAAAAUGGGGGAUUUCCUGUGGCAGUAGCGGUGGUGUUACCUAUUAUUGGAUUCAUUAUUUUGAUGGCCAUAAUUUUCCUUGGGUGGAGAAGAUUGAUUCUUCUGUCAAAGAUUAAAGAAGUGAAACUAGGGAAAAACUCACCUUCUUCAGGGGACUUGGAUGCCUUCUACAUUCCUGGAUUACCUGCAAGGUUUGAUUAUGAAGAGCUUGAGGAAGCCACAGAAAACUUCAAGACUCUUAUUGGGUCAGGUGGGUUUGGAACUGUGUACAAGGGUGUGCUUCCUGACAAAUCUGCUGUAGCAGUAAAGAAAAUAGUGAACAUAGGCAUUCAAGGGAAGAAAGAUUUCUGCACUGAGAUCGCUGUCAUUGGAAACAUCCACCACGUGAACUUGGUCAAACUGAAAGGCUUUUGUGCUCAAGGGAGACACCGGAUGUUGGUUUAUGAGUACAUGAACCGUGGAUCCCUAGACCGAAACCUCUUCGGUGGUGGACCCGUGUUAGAAUGGCAAGAGAGGUUUGAUGUGGCGCUUGGAACAGCGCGUGGACUUGCUUACCUUCACAGUGGCUGUGAGCAGAAGGUUAUCCAUUGUGACAUCAAACCCGAGAACAUUCUCUUGCAAGAUCAGUUUCAGGCUAAGAUAUCUGAUUUUGGACUCUCCAAACUCCUCAGCCCCGAACAGUCCGGUCUGUUCACAACAAUGAGAGGCACACGUGGUUAUCUUGCUCCAGAGUGGCUCACCAACUCUGCCAUUACAGAGAAAACUGACGUGUAUAGCUUUGGAAUGGUGCUUCUUGAACUCGUCAGUGGAAGAAAGAACUGUUAUUUCAGGUCAAGAAGCCAUAGCAUGGAUGAAAGCAACAGUGGUGGAGGCCAUUCCUCGACAUCAUCAACAACUGGGUUGGUUUAUUUUCCUCUAUUUGCAUUGGAGAUGCAUGAACAGAAGAGUUACCUGGAGUUGGCUGAUCCAAGACUAGAAGGACGUGUGACAUAUGAAGAACUGGAGAAAGUGAUUCGCAUUGCCUUAUGUUGCGUUCAUGAAGAACCUGUACUGAGGCCAAACAUGGUGACUGUUGUUGGCAUGUUGGAAGGUGGGACUCCAUUGCCAUAUCCGAGGAUAGAAUCUUUGAACUUCCUGCGCUUUUAUGGGCGAAGGUUUACUGAGGCUUCCACAAUAGCGGAAGAAAAUGAGUAUGGUUCUUUGAUGCAUCAAGAAGCACGUAGAUCUACAAGCAUACCAAGUGAUUCACCGUCCCAUGGUUUUUCUUACAUGUCUUCACAAAAUAUCUCAGGGCCGAGAUAGGGAAUCCUGUUUAUGUUUGCUGGUUUUCGAGCGUAACACAAAUUGUAGUAUAAUAUGUCAUUAGCGUGUUAUUAUGUAGAUUAUCUAUUUAAUUCUCUCACUUGUAAUCUCAUUUGGUUAUUAUAAUAACUAUUUGUAAAGGAUUAAAAAUUAAAUUCAGAAGGAUAUUAAGUGCUU